AAGCGAAAAUUAGCAGUCAAAAAAAAUUGAUCCAAAAUUGUUUUCAGCUCUAAUUUAUUGUCACCAUUGACCACAUAUAUAACCAUGACAGAACAUUGGGUUGUAGAUGUGACUGGGGUCGAACGACAGAAUUACAUUGUUGCUGUUGGUUACAUUUUCAUAAUCUCAAACAUCAUUUUAGUAAAGUUCUACAAACCAUUGAAUAACUUGUUAUUACAUGGGAAAAGCAUAAGCAACAAAGCUAUCAACGAUUCAACCACCAAGACAACGUUUCUUAAAUCGAUAGUCGAUCAAGCCGUUACUCUCACGGUUCCAAAAUCAUGGUUCACUCAUUAUUAUGUGGUAUUCUUAGUGUUAUGUCUGUCAAUUCAAUUGUUCCCAACUUAUGUGGAUGUUGUUCAUAAUGAUUUGGUCACGUUCAAGAAUAUUAAAUUGAUUCAUUAUAUAAUGUGGAUACAGUCUCUCAGAAGAGUUAUUGAAAGCUAUACUAUCACGAAAUUCACCAGUAAAUCAACUAUGAAUUUCAGUCAUUACUUCGUUGGUUUAGCUCAUUAUGUAUUAAUUUCCAUCAAUUGUUUUACAAAUUUAUCCCUCUAUAAAGAUUACACGUCAUCUAUAUUUCAAUCAUUGACCUUGGUGGACAUUGUAUUACUUAUAUCGUUCACACUAUUAUCCAUAGAUCAAUUUUCAAGUCAUUAUCAUUUAUCAACCUUAAAGAAAUACAGUAUACCCCAUAAAUUUCACUGGGUAUCCUCACAACAUUAUUUAGAUGAAAUAUUAAUCUACACCGUGAUAUUGAUAUUCAGUCUUAAGCAUGGAUUUAAUCAAGUUUGUUGGUUCAAUCAACUCAAUUUCAUCUUAGCUUGGAUAUUCGUUGUAAUCAAUUUAUCUAUAAGUUCAAUUGAUAAUUAUAAAUGGUAUAAACUUAAAUUCGGUGAUGAAUUUAAAUUAAAAUGGGCGAUUAUUCCGGGAAUAUUAUAAAUACAAUGUUUAUUUAAUUAAUUAUUUAUUUAUCUAAGUGUACA